AUGCCACGUGAAGGCACCCGGGGAAGACUGCGUUCGCAUGAGGCCUGUCUGAAUUGCCGGAGGAAGAAGACUCGGUGUCCUGCCGAGAAGCCAGCGUGUUCAAGCUGUGUUCGCCUGAACCAGCAAUGUCUGUACACAGCCGUGCCAAGAGGCUCUCGCAGUGGCCCUUCUGCUGACAGGCUCGCCUAUCUGGAAGAGAAAGUCAAUCUUAUCUUGAACGGCGGCAGGUACACAUCCCUUCUGUCAUUAACACCUUGCUUCUUCGAAAACCCUGACACUUUCUCCAGAUCGCUUCCUCAAGACCAAAAUCAUAGUGGAAAUAAUGAAGCCGCCGACGCUACGUACUCAGCAGCCUCCUGUCCAUCCUCGGCCGACUUUGGGCCCUCCCUCAAUGAUCCAUUUCUUCUCGGAAUGGGAUUCGAAGACUCGAAGAUAAGCCCAUCUUCGAGGAUAUCCCAGGCAGUGGACCUCUACUUUCAAUACUGCCACAGACAGCCAAUAUGGUGCUUUGACCGCGAAGAAGUCAAGGACACGAGCUACAUCUCGGAGGAGCUAGUCUGCAGCAUUUUAACGCUCACUUCCCGUUUUUCGCAAGAGCGCGAGGAGCUGCAGCACUACGGUGAUAGCGCGCGAACUCUUGUCAUGCUCCGUAUUGCCAAUGGCACCGUAGAGCUUGAAACGAUAGAGAGCCUCUGUUUACUGUCGUUCUCUUCUUUCCUCGAUGGAAAUGGCCACCUAGGACGAUUCCACCUCGGCUUAGCCCUCCAGCUUUGUCGUUCUGCGAUGCUGGACCUUCACUCUACUUAUGGCAUUGAAUGUCCAUCUCCCGAACGAAAGAAAAGACUCUUCUGGAGUCUUCAAUCGCUUGAACAGACAUAUGGCCAAAUCAACGACAUACUCGGCGUACCGGCGGAGGUUUUACGUUCCUAUUACGUUUCUACAAGUGAUGAUCCGGAACUUCUCAAGAACCUUGAUACGAGACCCCCACUAUUACCGAACGAUGAUAUCGGAUGCACAAGCUCGUCAGAUCUUGGGAUUUGGAAUCUGGCACUGCAUUUUGGGUGGGUAUGGAGUAGGGUGAGAUCAUACGUCUUUGAUUGCGCUCAAAGUCGCUUGAAAGAGCCCUGGAGGCAUGAUUCGCUGUACGCGAUGAUACUAUCUGACCUAACCGAACUCGAGAACAAACUUUCACCAUGCCAUCGCUAUGAUUCGGUCAAGUUUUACGAGCGGAGGGCUGAGGAGCUUAGGGUCAAUCGUGAAUACUGGACCCCUUGGCUUAAGCUACAGUUUACCUAUCAUUCCAUUUUGACGGUCCUCAACCAUCCAUUCCUCUACAUUGUGGCAUCUCAAUACAACCAUAACUUGACGAUCCCAAACACUUUCUGGAGGAGGUCAUCUGAGCUGGUCCUUUUGCAUGCAACCUGGAUUGUUCGACUGAUCGACAUGGUGUCUGAAAAGAAGAUGCGACUCAUCGACCCCUUCUUUGGCCACGCAGCUGCAAUUGCUGCUACCGUGCAUCUUUACUAUUGCUGUGCCUCAGAUCCACGAUUGAAGUAUAAAUCAAAAACAGACUUUGCGAAAUGCAGAAGGUUUUUGAAAAGCUUCAUAUCUUUCUCUCCCGCUUGUGAAAAACUGAAUCAUACGUUAGACAAGAUGACCCGCAUUGCGUCCGGCUCCGAGAAGGUGGACUUUGAUUGGGAGCCAUCGAAGAUCCACCUCAGUAUCCCUCUGAUGUGGGAUCUCCUCCAAAUAAACUGCACACCGACGUCACACGAGACAUCCACCACCGGCUUGCUGCACCCUUCACUUAGUCCAACCGUCUUUCCAGAGGAAGUGGAAAAUCCGUCGUCUACUCUUGAAAUCAUCGUUGCAAUGUCCCCAGAUAUCACUGUGAAUACCGCUGAUGGAGGAUCCGCUGCUCAUGUGCCACCUAAUCUACCACCACGCGUCGCCACAGCCCCUGCAUCACCUGCAAGCACAACGAUGGGAGACAAACUCGUUGCGCCUGCCGAUAGUCUCAUGGCCAAUACCCCUUGGCUCUGGACUGAGCCUCCACAGUUCAUUGAUAUGGAUAAUCUUGGUUACCCUGAGUCAGAGUCCACCAUGGGCAAUGUCGACGGGUUUUCCACCUGGUGGGAUUUUGGAAACUUAUAA